AUGUUAUUUUCAGAAUGUUCUGGUUCUUUUCAAACCACUCAGAUAUGGGAUGGUAUUAUUUACUCCCUUCAGACUCAAGUAGAAAUAAAAAGAAGAGGGCACCAUUUACGAACAUACAAAGAUUGUUUUACUGGCUCCGAUGUUAUUGAUGCAGUAUUAAGUCAUUUUAUGUACAGUAUGUACCUAAGUAUCAAUGACAUCUCUCGUGUUAAAGGAGUUCAUCUUUGCCAAGUUGUAAUGAAUCAUGAAGUAAUUGAACCUGUAGGAACAAAGCUCUUCAAAAAUGAAAAGGAAUUGGAAUUUGAAGAUUCCAACAAACUUUAUAAACUGGAAAGUGAAAUUAUUUCAAAUCCUCUAGCACAAGAGAAUGAGGAAAGCAUCAAGGAACUUAUUCAUACAAUGAGUAGGAAUCCAGUUUUACCUUCAGAUAUCACAGUUAGCAAACCUGUUCUUCAGCUUUAAAAAGUAGAUGUUUGGAAACAACAUAUUUUACACAUUCUUCAAUUGAUUCAUCUUUCAUUCUUGGAAAAUAUUUUGGAGCCUCCGUUUAAAACACAAAACCUUCAAUUAAGUAAAGAAGUCAUUAUCCCUAACACUUGCAUAAAGAGAGAGCUUAUUCCAAACAUCUAUCUGAGUAAGAUUGAUACAUGGCUUACUGCAGCAACUGAGUGCUUAGAAUGUCUCCCUGACGUGUUAUUAAUAGCAACAGUUAGUCAACAAUUAGGGCAAAAUGGCAAUGCAGAGAUAAAAUUGGAUAUUCAGAAGAUACUCUUUGAUGCCGUAGUAAAAUAUUAUAAGCAAGAGAGAGAUUGCCUGUUAACUGUGUUAACUGAUGAGGAUUUUGAUAUUCAUUCAGGAAUUAUUGAACUUUUAGAAAAGGAGAACAGAACAGAAGCAUUUGAAGCAAUACGACUACAUCUCGGAUUGUUGUUGCCCAACAUUAGAGAAGAAUCAUGACAGCUUUUAAUGGUUAUUGCAUUAGAACCUAAUGCCUACAGGUUGCACAUACAGUUUGAUAACAAAACAGUGACCCUGAAAACUCUUGCCAAAGCAGUUUUGUAAGCCAAAUCACUAAUUAAAGUGCUGGCAGAAUAACUGGUAUGGUUUCUACUGGAGCUCUUCAAGACACUGGUUACUUUAUUGGAUCUAAUUAGUGAGAAACUUAAGAAGCUUCUGCCAAAAGCUCCAGAUGUCUUUUCAGGUAUCGAUUCAGCUUGUUCCUCCUUUAUCAUUAAGUGA